CGUGUACGACUUUAACCAAGCAAAGUUAUUUUUUUAAUCAUAUUAUACGGGUUUUUCGAUGGUACUCACUAGGAAAAUAUCGAUGCUGUGACACGUAUUUUAUUAAGUUAAUCAAACACACAUCACAACAACAUAAUAUUAUCACGGAUUCAACCAACUACGCCGGGCAAAUGAUUUACGAUGGUCGAAGCGUAGGCGGUGUCACCGAGUAACCGAGUGACGACGACCGCGGGUUGUAUACGUGACGCAGUUGUUGUUAUGAAACAGUUUCCUCGUUGAUAAGCGAUAAACCUCGACCUGACGUCGUCUAAGUACAGUAACCAUCGUAAACAACAUUAGAUAGGUAUAUUGUAUGCGAGUAGAAAGAGUACAAGCACACAUUAGACGGUAUUUAUUUUUAUUAUACACGGCACCGAGCAAACAUUGGAAUCAUCGUGCGAUAAGAUGACGGCCUAACUCACGCCCUGUAUAAAAGCAUCUGAUGAUGUCGAUGAGGUCUCGUUAUAAAGCCCACAGUGUGUGAUCCACCGGUAAAGAGUGUCGCUGUCGCCCGUCUGUUCAACCGAAAAAUCGUGAAAUCGACUAGCAAGUAACGUUAUCACGUACAUAAGUCACCGCAUUUUUUCGUACAGAAACAUUGACCAACGCCUAAAUCGUAUAUCAAUAUUAUUACUUCCUGAGAGCGCUUAGCAAUGACCAGACAGACGUGGUUUAUCGUCGCGUACGUUUGUCUAACGUCCGCGGCGAUCUGCUGCGCGUUGACGUCGUCGUCAGCGCCACUGCCCAGAGUAAGGGUCGAAUCCGGUGAACUUUCCGGCAGCAUAGACCACACGGCCGUCACCGGCCGACCGCUGUACGCUUUCCUGGGCAUACCGUACGCCAGUCCACCGGUCUACAAAAACCGUUUCAAGGAACCACAACCAGUAAAACCAUGGGUGGGUGUGUGGAACGCCACAAUACCCGGCAGUAAUUGCAUAGGACUAGACCAUGCAAAAUUCAAAGUAGUCGGAAGUGAAGAUUGCCUGUAUCUCAAUGUUUAUACUCCAAAAUUACCUCAAGAAGGGCUUAUACCCGGCGGUCUGAUGAACGUGAUCGUGUACAUCCACGGCGGCGCGUUCCAGUUCGGCGCGGGCAUCGGUUAUGGUCCACACUAUCUUUUGGACAGCGAAGAUAUCGUUUACGUAUCGAUCAACUACCGAUUAGGACCUUUGGGAUUCGCGAGCACCGGAGAUGACGUAUUGCCAGGAAACAACGGCCUCAAGGAUCAGGUGGCAGCUCUUAAGUGGAUCCAGCGCAACAUCGCUGCGUUUGGUGGCAACCCCGGUUCAGUGACCAUCGCCGGCAUGUCGGCCGGCGGGGCUAGUGUACAUUACCACGUUCUGUCACCCAUGUCGCAGGGUUUAUUUAAUCGAGGAAUCGCUGAAAGUGGAAGUGCUUUUUGUAACUGGGCCAUCACAGAAAACACUAUUCAAAAGACCAAGGAAUUAGCAGAGUCACUAGGAUGUCCUACAUACUACUCAAAGGACACAAUUAAAUGCCUUAGAUCAAGACCAGCAUUAGCCAUUGCAAACUCCUUGAAAAAUUUCUUACCGUGGAAGUACAAUCCUUUUUCACCAUUUGGACCAACUGUUGAAACAAUCGGAACAGACCGAUUUUUAACGGACUUACCAGAGAACUUACCAGCUCAAGAUGUCCCGCUGUUGUUAAGCUUUACUCAAGAAGAUGGCCUCUAUCCAGCCGCUGAAUUGGUAUCACAUGAAGAAACUCUGGUUGAAAUGGAAUCUAAAUGGAACGAAAUACUACCAUUCGUAUUGGACUACAAUAACACAAUUUCAGAUGAAUCUUUAAGACUAGAAAUCGCACAAAAAAUAAAAACAUUUUAUUUUGGAAACAAUACAGUAUCUACAAAAACUAAAAAUGAAGUUGUCGAAAUGCUUUCAGACAGAUUGUUCAAAGAACCAGUAGCUAGAGCAGCCAAACAUUUGGCUUCAAUAAAUACAUCGCCAGUAUACUUUUAUGAAUUUGGUUAUAGGGGUAAAUACUCACUUUCAGACAAAUAUUCCAAAACUGGACCCUCUCAAGAAUUUGGAGUAUCACACGGUGACGAUACAAUGUACGUUAUAAAAACCGAAUACGGAGAUCCACACGACAAUGUUGAAGACGCCAAAUUAAUUCCAAUUAUGGUGAAAAUAUGGUCAUCAUUCGCUAAGACUGGAGUUCCAGAUGUAGGAAACUCAACAGUAUGGUCACCAGUGUCAAAAAAUCCUACAGAUCCAUUAAAAUUAGUUAAGAUCACACAGAACCAAACAUUAGAACCUCAAGAGUACUUAAAUCCCGGAAACCAUAUAUUCUGGAGCACGUUGCCACUAACCGAGUUCCCAGGCGUUAAUUUGCCGGAAAAUAUAAAGCACACCGAAUUAUAAGACAAUCGUAACAAAAUAUUUUCUUAAAAUAUUAAAUAUAAAGUAUUUUUACAUAUUUUAUGUUUUAUAAUUGUGUCUACACUGUAAAUUGUAUAGGUACAAUUAUUAUUAUUAUUAUAUACAAUAUUGUUAUGUUUUUCAAAUAGAAAAAUAAGUUAAAAUGAAAAAAAAAACUAGUUAUAUUUUUUGUUAAAUUAAAUGUAUAUUAUAUAGAAACUCAAAAUAUUU